UUCCCUGCUCCAAGGGGCGGGGACUCCGUGUUUGUUUGAGCCACGCCUUAUCCGGUUUGGUUCUCUUUGUUGUUGUUGUUGUUUCCCUCUUCUGAGGGAAACUCUGAGUUUGGCCUCAGAGUUGAAGUCCUUAGAGCACUCGGGCGGGACGACUCCUUGUGCUCCUACUUGUGACCUUGAGGCGCAGAGCCAUUCCAGCCUGCCUGGCAUUCUUGGGGAGAGUUAGGGUUUUUUCAGAUGAUAGCUCAAAUUAGCCUCCAAUUCCUGUUAUCCUCCUGCCUCAGCCACCCAAGUACAAGGAGAAAUUCAUUACAAUUUUGAGACCAUCUCCUUGAAAUGCACCUUCCUCAGCCUCUCAAGUACUGGGAUGACAAGCGUAUCGGAGGCAGUGGAAAGAGAGAUGGACAGCCCAGACUCAGCUUCAAGGGUCUUCUGUGGCCGCUUCCUCAGCAUGGUGAACACUGAUGACGUCAACGCCAUAAUCCUGGCCCAGAAGAACAUGCUGGACCGCUUCGAGAAAACCAACGAGAUGCUUCUGAACUUCAACAAUCUGUCCAGCGUGCGGCUGCAGCAGAUGAGUGAGCGCUUCAUGCACCACACCCGCACCUUGGUGGACAUGAAACGGGAUCUGGACAGCAUUUUCCGAAGAAUCAGGACACUGAAAGGCAAGCUGGCCCGGCAGCACCCGGAGGCCUUCAGCCACAUCCCAGAGGGUUCAUUCCUAGAGGAUGAAGAUGAAGACCCUAUCCCGCCCAGUAUCACCACAACCAUCGCCACCUCGGAGCAGAGCACAGGCUCCUGUGACACCAGCCCUGACACUGUCUCGCCAUCCCUAAGUCCUGGCUUUGAGGACCUGUCACACAUGCGACCUGGCUCUCCCGCCAUCAACGGCCAUGGGCAGACAGAUGAGGAGGAAGAGAGCCGUGAAGAAUAGCCUCCGCCACCGCCCGGGAAGGCUCAGGCGGCCGUGCUCCUCCUCGGGCCCCGGUCAGUCAGCCGUGCUGCUCCACUCUUUCAUAGGCAAGGUCCCUAAUCCCUGCCAGUCCCCCAUGGCGGGGCCUCCCCAUGCCAGCUCGUGUGCCCCAGCUGGGCGCGGGGCUCAGUACAGGUAACUUGGAGCUCAGCCUGGGCCAGCUUUCAACAGUGCUUCUAAGAUCCCCAGAAACCAAAGCCAGGUUGCCCCCCACACCUGGGUGGGCACAGGAGGGCUGAGCUGGUUCCUGCCAUGACAGCUGCUGACUCAGCUCUGCUCGCCCCGCCCUCUGGGGGUUCUUUUUCCUGUUGUGUUGAAUUCUGGAGGACUAGAAGGCUCAAGAUAGAGGCAGCCUUGGCUGUGGGGAGCUAUGUUUCUCAAAGGUCCAACAGGCGUCUCCAGGAGCUGGCCAGUCACCUUAGAAAACAGCUGAAUGGAAUAUUUUUGUACCUGAUGUUUACAGAUGUUGGGAAGUUAUCAAUAAAGACUCUGUUGUUAAAAGGGCACACUA